CAACUCAUCACAGGUGGACGACAGUUGGCUCAGUCUUUUGUAGCCACUGCAAGCAAUCGUCAUGGCACUCUCAAAGCCCAUUUAUUCGCUAGUCGGCACAUAUCUGGAACAGCUCUUCAAUCAUCCAGUGCGCACGAAAUCCAUAACGGCUUGCUUUUUGGCCACCUCGGCGAAUGUUACCUCGCAGCGCAUGGCGGGCGCCAAGAAACUGAAUCAGCACAGCGUCUUUGCCUAUGCCUUGUUUGGUCUGCUCUUCGGUGGCAGCGUUCCACAUUAUUUCUAUCAGACCGUCGAGCGUUUGAUCAGUCAUAAAUUGAAGUUCAGAAAGUUUCUUAUUUUCCUGGCGGAGCGUUUAGUUCAUGCACCCAUUUAUCAACUGUUGUCUUUGUAUUCCCUUUCGCUAUUCGAGGGCAAUUCACAUGACACUGCUGUGAAGAAUGUGGAGAAGUUGUUCUGGCCCGUGCUGAAGGCCAACUGGCGAUAUCUGUCCAUAUUUGUCUACCUGAAUAUUGCCUAUGUUCCUGUCAUGUUCCGUCCGCUCACCAUGGGCAUUAUUGCCUUCAUAUGGGUCGUCUAUGUGGCCAGAAAGCGUCGCCGCUUCCAGGAAACUCAGGAAGCUGAUAAGGCCACCAAAUCCGCUUAGAUACAUUCUAAUUUCCGUCUUUUUUGUUUAUCUAAUUGUAUGCAUAUUAAGGCACUUUGUACUCUUUAUGUACGCUUGGGUCGUUUUAAAGGUUUCAGCGGAAUAAAUUUGUCUAUUUUUCUUUAUAAGAUAAAAAUAUAAAUUCCGUGUGAAGAUUUUGAUGUA